AUGAAAAUUGUUCCGGAAGCCCGUAAUACUAUUAUGCGAUUUAUGAUAUCAAAAGAGGGUCGUAAUCAUAAAAAACCGUACUCAGAAUUAAGUAAAAAGACUGGAUAUAGCUCCAAACAGAUUUAUCAUAUCUGGAAUGAUCAACUCAACCCUACUCUUGAUCGCAAUCCUUUGUCUAGCGAAGAGAAAGAGUAUAUAAAUCAAUGGGUUGAAGUUAACAAAACAGAAAAUAACAAAAUUCAUUGGAUGAAUUGUCAAAAAGACAUGAAAAGAGAUUUUCAAAAGUUACGUUCUACGAAUAUAAUCAAAAACGCAUGGUAUGCGAAACAAAAACGUAAACCUGACGAAGAAGGUGAAAACGGAACGAGCCCUUCGACUCAAGAUACAAUUUCCACUUUUAAUAACGACAUUAGAACUAUUACUCAAACCGGUCCUACAAAUGUUUUAACGUCUACUGCCACUCAUCAUUACAUACCGCCAACGUUGCCUACAAUCGAGCCAAGUUUUCAACCUGACCCUCCAAAAUUUAUUAUGAAACCCAUCUUUUAA